CUUAUCUGUGGCACGCACCAUUUGACACUGCUGUUCUUAUUAAACCAUCUUAAUACAUCUGUGAAAAAAAAACUGUUUUUGUAGUAGACAAAAUUAUUCUCAAUAAGGAUAAAACUAUAGGAUAAGCAGCGUUCCAAAAUGAAGGCUGUCUACAUUUUCCUCACUAUUUCAACAGUUGUGUUCGCAGGAAAACACCAGAAAAGACUGAUUGAUCCAGUGAAAAAUGGAUACGAAGCCCGGUGCGCAGAAAUCCUAGCUUUGAAUGAAAACCACUGCGGUAUAGCUGGAUUAUGGACAAAUCAGUUGAAAUCUGUCAUGGAAUUCACGUGUAAAGAUGGUCAUCUCAAUGGUCGUUACAAUACAGCAGUUGGAGUAGCAGAUGAUUACUACAAUUUAACCGGAAAGUAUACUAUGUCUGGUCCAAAUGGUGCUGACUGUGUCAUGGGAUGGGUCGUUACCUACAACAACAAGGUUUUAGGAAAUUCCAACUCAACGUGUGCGUGGUCGGGCAUACAUUAUGCAAAUGAGCAUAUUAUUAGGACCCACUGGGUACUUACCCAUUGGCAUCCAUUGGCAGACUCUUGGCAGACAACAACUAUCAACCAUGACGACUUUGUCAGCUUGUGUUAAUACGGACAGACACAACCAGAAAUUUACAAACAUAUCAGUGAAAAUAGAAGGAAAACAGUUUGCAUUGAUUUUGUAUUGUAAAAAUAAACAAUAAAAGUUUUAUUUCA